AUGCAGGCGAUCCCCGGGUACAAGACGACCUAUCAGAUCCUGAAGGAGGGUUCCGGCGCCGCCAUCCAGAAAAAAAGCAACGCGACAGUACACGCCACUGGCGUGGUCAAAGAGUCGGGAAAGAAGUUUUGGAGCACCAAAGAUCCCGGACAGAAGCCAUUCUCAUACCAGGCUGGCGUUGGGAACGUUAUCACUGGCUGGGACCAGGGCUGUCUCGGCAUGAAGGUGGGCGAGGAAAGGAUGCUGGUCAUUCCGGCUGACGAGGCCAGCAUUGAAUUCCAGCAGCUGAAGAGAUGUAUCACCCUGGCUGAUGCCAGGGCUAUGGAGCAGCUGGUUUCCCUGCCUGGGGCAUUCCGGCGCAAGAUGGAGCGUCCGGAGCUUCUCCGGCGAGGCUACUACAACGAGGUGAAUGAGGAUGCUUGGCCCGGGCCGUUCGAGGACGUUUUCGUCUACAUCAUCUGCCAGGAAGCAGCUGAGCUUCCCAAAAUCAGGAACUAUAUUGAGAAGGCUGAUGCUGUUGCGACAAGGCAGGGGCGUGUCCUGCGACACAUCAUCUUCAACCUCAAUCUCAACAAGCUCAGGGCCGACAUCGAGUACUACAAGAAGCUGCUGCCCUUCCAGCCUGGCCAAGCCACCCCGAAGGUCCACUUGGAUUUCUUCUCCACCUUCAGAAAUGCAUACUUCAUUCGAUUUGGAAAGUACACGCAGACUGUGCUGCGAGACCCAUUCAACAUUAACUACGUCGGGGCCAUGUAUCAUGCCUAUCCUAGCCCCUGGCAAGUCUUCAUGCAGGAUCCAGAUGGAAACUACCAGCCAAUUCACGCAACUGACCUUCGUCCAUCAAUUACGUGCGUGAAGCGCAAGCUGCAGCGGGCAAAUAGCCUGUGGCGUGAUGUGGGGCUGCCGGAGGAUGAGAGCAAGGACGACGUGUACAAAGUGGUGGAUCUCAAGGCUGCCGGCACAAUCCAGAAAACCGUUCUUCAGUUCAUCAAGGAAGGUGCAGGUGACGCACUUUGGUGGGAGGAAGCCUUCGAGGAUGAAGUGAGUCGCAAGUGGCAGGAUGCAGGAUAUGCAGGAUAUGCAGGCGACAGGUUGGUAACGAUCCAAGCGCGGUCUUUCCUCUGGCAGGUGGACGAUUUUUGCAAGCAUGUGGAGCUUCACCUUCCAAAGGAUGGAAAGAAGGCUAAGCGCUCGAAGUGUGCCCAAAUGGGCCCACAUGGGCCAACACGCCAAGCGCAGGUGGUCUUUGCAACCGCUUGGCUUGCUACUGACAACGUGUUCGUCGUCGGCACCUUGGCAGCAUCUGAGGCCCUCAUGCGGAAGCACUUCCCAGAGAUUUUGACUGGCAGGGUUCUCAGUUACACUGCUGUGCCACCAAUGACUUGUGAAGGAAUGAACCUCGUUGCUAUUGACACCUUGCAUCUCUUCCCGACCACAUUGGAGUGUGCAAAGCUCGUGGAGGAAAAGUAUGCAAAGAAGGCUAUGUGGAAGAUGCCCAAAGGGAUCACGACGAAGGAUGAGUUCAUCGCAAAGUAUGGCGACUGCGAGGAGCUGGACUCCGCAGAUUUCGACUUUGUCAGCAAGGUGGAGCCCUUCCAGCGCGCUCUGGAGGAAUGCGAGAAGGACAUCCUGAUCACCGGCCGCCGGAUGGAUCAGGCUGCACAGCGCAUCAAGCUGGAUGUGUGGGAGGACCAGAAGCGAACGCUGAACCCCAUGGCAAACUUCAGCUGGCAGGACAUCAUCGAUUAUGUAGACAAGGAAGGUGUGCCAGUGAAUGCUGGCCACAACUGGGCCUUCCGCUGCGAUGCGCCGAUCGAGGCCACCAGCCGCCAUUUGCCGGACCUUCCUUGGACCAAGGUUGACUUGGGCAAACCAUUCUGGCGCUGCUCGGAGGCCGAGAUCAAGGGAAGCCCGCCAGCGGCCAUCACCUAUGUCUUCAAGUCUUUCGGCGACAUGCACACCACGGUGCCGGUGGAGCCCCACGAGUCCGAGCGCUCCGGCCGCUUCGUGCGUCAGGCGAAGACCGAGUGCGGCAUUCACACACGCACAACCUUCGCUGGCGCGCCACAUGGUGGAUCCCUGGUUGAUCUGAUGGUCAAGGACCCCGCCGACAUCAAGCGACUCACUGACAGCGCAGUAAAAUCGAUCGAGCUCAACGAGCGUCAGGCCUGCGAUGUCUUCUGCCUCCUCAGCGGCGCCUUCAGUCCCCUCACGGGCUUCAUGGAGGAGGGUGCUUACAAUUCCGUGGUGAAGGACAUGCGCCUCCCCGAGAAGCAGCUCUUCGGUCUGCCCGUGACUUUCGACUUGCCGGAGGUUGAUGGCAUUAACAAGGGUGACAAGCUGUUGCUCAAGUGGAAGGGAGAGAACGUUGCUGUAAUGGAGGCAUCCUCCAUCUGGAAGCCCAACAAGGUGGUUGAAGCCAAGGAGUGCUACGGCACGAGCAGCUUGGAGCAUCCAACCGUGGCUUCCCUGGUGCAGGAGAUUGGCAAGUACUAUGUUGGCGGCAGGAUUCACGGAUUCGAGCUGCCGAAGUUUGGCUACACGACGCAAACUCCUGCUGAGGUGCGAGCCACGCUGCCGGAGAACAAGCAGGUCGUUGCAUUCCAGAACCGCAACCCGAUCCAUCGUGCCCAUUUUGAGCUCUUGAUUUGCGCCCAGAAGGACGUGAAGGACUCCAUCCUGCUUGUGCACCCUACGUGCGGCCCAACCCAGCCGGGUGACAUUGACGGCUUGGUGCGCAUCCAGACCUACGAGGCAUUGAAGACGGAGACCGAGAAGGAGUAUCCGAUGUUCAGAUGGGCCUACCUGCCAUACAGCAUGAAGAUGGCUGGUCCGCGCGAGGCAAUCCAGCACAUGAUCAUCCGAAAGAACUAUGGUGCCACUCACUUCAUCAUCGGCCGUGACAUGGCCGGCACCAAGAGUACAAUUGAUGGAGAGGACUUCUAUGGCCCCUACGAUGCCCAGGAGACGGGCAAGAAGUACUCCGCCGAGCUUGGUGUGACGGUGACCCACUAUGAGAACAUGGUCUAUGUCGGGCCGGAGGAAGGCUACGUGCAGGACGUCAAAGCAGCGAACGUGGAAGCUGAGCCAGACUGGGCGGAUGGAUCAAUGCCCCAGCUUUGGGAGGUGGUUGGGGGUUCCGACAAGGGCGGCAUCCUGGUAAGACAAGGACGAGAGCUCACCUCUCCAGAAGAUGGCCGCCUUUCAACAGGAGCUGUGAUCUUAGAGGCGGAGAUUCAGGGGGAGCGCUUAAGAUACUCCCUGCUGAACGGCUCCGGACCUGAAUCCGGCUGGAUCAGCCUGAAGGUCAAGGACAAAGCCAUGGUUAUUAGGAGGGACGCCUGGAAGACAAAGGCCCGAGUUUUGGCGCUUCAUGGUGCGCCAAGCAACUCCAACAUCAUGAAGUUCCAGACUGCUCAGCUGCGAAAAGUAGCUGGCGAGGACUUCGAAUGGAUCUUUCCGGACGGCUGCUGCGCGUGGAAACCUUUGCCAGGCUCCGAGCUGCUGCACUUGGCUGAGCGCACUCCAAUGGAAAAGGCAAUCGCGAAAGAUAAGCCUUUUGUCCAGUGGUACUCACACCCAGAGCCCUCCGCAGAGGAGCUGGCAGUUGGUCGUGGGAAAACGAUGAGCUUUGAAAAUGUGGAAUACGAGAACGUAGAGGAUGCAGUCAAGUUUCUGGAUGAGUAUGUUUCAAAAAAUCCGGUCGACAUCGUUGUGGGAUUCUCCCAAAGCGGCACAUUGCUGGCCAUCCUCAUGAACACUCUCCGCAAGGCAAAUCGACCGAUUCCCUGGCUCUUCACCGUUUUGUUUUGUGGUGCGAUGAUCGAUGAUGCUCGCUACGCAUUGGAGGAGCCUUUGGCCAUGCCCGCGCUGUACGUUCAUGGUGGCGAUGCAGAUCCGUGGGGACGCCAUGGAGAGCGCUGCCUACCAUCAAUGUACUCCAACCUAGAGAUGCUUGAGCACUCCGAUGGGCACUCCUUCCCUUCCUCAGCGCCAAGGGCCUUGGAGAUCUACCAGCACGUGGUGCAGCGAAUGUAUGCAGCCAUGCUGAAGUUGGCCUCUGAGAGCAUCGCCAAGAGCAAGGGCUACAAGGUGGUGAAGCUCUCAGGCACCGAAUUCCGCCGACGUCUCCGAGCGGGUGAGGACAUCCCAGAAUGGUUCGCUUUCAAGUCGGUGGUGGACAUCCUCCGCAAGGCUGGCGACAGCGCCUUCUGUGCGUAA